AUGGCCAAUCAGGACCUAAGCAGCUUUACGGCCAUCACCCCGGACCAGAGAAUGGCCCUCGUGAACGCCUGGAUGGUUUACGGAGGAAUCCCCGACUUUGGCACCUUGCGAUUCAUCUCCCGGUUGGCCCGUCUGGACGAGAAGCUGGUUCGAUAUUGGUUCCACUGCCGCGCCAAUUAUGAUGGUAUCAUGCACGUCCUCGCCUCCGCCCCUGCCACAGGCAUUGAUCUUCCUGGAAUUGAGAGCUACCAUCAGCUGGAAGAGUACUCGCUCGCCUUGGAGAAUGAUCGUGAAGACCAACAGCAACAGCAACAGCAACAGCAACAGCAACAGCAACAGCAACAGCAACAGCAACAGCAACAGCAACAGCAACAGCAACAGCAGCAGCAGCAGCAGCAGCUUAAUGAUCGACAGCAAGAGAAUGAGCAACAUACACACGAACAGGAUCAUCCAGAACCUCAACAGGACGCUCUGCAGCCCGCUACAAGUAACCAGAACCCCAGACGUCGUGCGGUAGAGCCGCAUCGGGCUUCCUCACCUACUGCAGCAGGGUCGCCUUCGCGCGUCAUAGGUGUAUCCAUAAAAGCAACAUCCCGAAGGCUUGUUAACGCGCCCACGGCUCUCUCGACUAGUGAUGUAGUCAGCUCAAAGCAAUCUAGACGCGUCUCCAGAAGACCUUCACUCCAAACUUCAUCCGAUCCAGAUGACCAGGAAUUCGUACGAACGAGGACAAGAGCCACGUGGACGCCGACCAGGGCUGAAUCCAAGGCACCCUCUUUGACAGGAAUUCUGACAUCCAAGCAACCGUCAAAGUCGCCAGCCGAAACUGCUACUCACGAUACUCCUCAAACAACUACGCGGCGCUCCUCGAUGAUAUCUCAGACUUCCUCUGAGGGGAAGCUGAUCGUCAGGCGGUCAGGGCGACGCAAGUCGGUUAUAGACAACGGAGCUAGUCAAAAGGAGGAGGUCUUGUCAAGAAAACGCACCGGAAAGCGGACGGGGAAGCAAAGAAAAGGGUCCAGCAUUGUUAUUUCAGACGGCGAUGAAGACAUUGGGACCGACACAAUUCAUGAUGCUACAGAGACUAACGGCAAGAAUCUGGUUACAGUGACCGAGAUAAGAACUGUCGAGUCUUCGAAACAGGACGCGAUCACGGAUGAGACUGAGGAAGAUAUGGUCAUGGAUUCGGGAAGGGUUCCAGUACAGGAGACGCCAGAGUGCUCCCAAAAUGUCAAUGAGCAGGCAGAUGGCAAUGAGAAGGACGAGGAGGUGAAGAAAGAUACAGAUGAUGAUGAGGACGGAUGUGUGUCACUUGGCUCUGAUUUCCGUCGAAUGGUCGUCGAACAGCAAAAAUGGACAGGCAGGACGGUUACUCGGGGUCGCGGUCUCUCUCGAGGUCGAGCAAUCUCUCGUGGACGGCGGACUUUUAACGACGACAAGGGCGAUGGUGUUUCUCAUAAAGGAACUGGUGCCCAACCUGCAGAGGAAUUGAAGCCGCCAGUUUUGGCUGGGGACCCUAUAGCUGGCGAACAGAUCAGAGAGAAGUUCCAUGCACAGCAGCGUAUGACACCGUCUUGGGCACGUCGCUCUCAAGUGGCCGUGAUAAUUAGGGAACGACAGUUUACAACCAAUGCUAGGGACGAUGUUGCCGGCGAUUCGAUGGCUGCGGCAAGUAUGGAGCGCAGAACCCAAGCUGUGAUAACAAAUGGCGAUUCAUCUGGCGAAGGAGAGUCUAAGACUGCAGCCCAGAGCGAGAGCCGUAGGAUAAAUUCGCGUGCUCGUUCUCGAAGCCGCGCACCCUCUCGAGGCAGAAGGCGUUCUCUGAGUCGCCCAGCCUCUCGGGGGCGACGGUCUUUGAACGAAACAGAGGAUGCUCCUGUCAGCGUUGGCGGCCCUAGCCCUAUCAGCGAUUUGGGUGGUGGCGAGGCAAAAUCCGUUGUCGAGGACAAGGAUGGCAGGAUCGGUGCAGUUCUCGGGAACACAUCAUGGCGCGACGAAUUUCGGUCUAUCAAGAUCAUGAAGAGGACCAAGUCCAUGUCUCAUCUUCCGCCCACAGCAGAGCAGCAAGACCAUUUGGAUCUGGCUGUUGGGGAGGGAGCUCGUGAGGUCCAGAGUCCAAUAAUCGACCCGUUAUCCGAUCCAGUAGAAGUUCGUACCACCCAGAACCACCACGUCAGCGAGACCCAAGCAUUGCACAGCAUCCCCAGUCCAGGAGAGUAUAGUCCGGUAUACGACCAAGAUUAUCUACAAGAUCAGUCCAUCGCUUUGCCAAUAACUGCGGCUGUGCCAGAGCGAAAUGGUGUUCAAGAAUCGCACCCUCGUUUCAUUGACUUGGAGAUAGAGGGAAGUCGCUAUGACGACCACUAUUCAGUGAUAUCACAACAGCCAACCGACAGACGGCAUGAAUAUAGCCCACACCGGUCUCCUUAUCACGACUACUCCGAUUCCGACUACGACAAUGAUCAGGAUCGGAGCUAUGGUCGCCAACGGCGUAUUCACGAGUACGGUGGAGACGGCAGGCACAAGAGAGAUGAUUACGGUCGCCACUCAGGCGAAGACUAUCCCAGAGAACGUUCCAUAAGGAGCAGCACAAGGCGCAGCACUCGCACUAGAAGACGUACAACCAGCCGAGACCGGUCUCCGUCUCCUGCUUGGGAUAGUUUGGAGGACGAGCAUAGUCUCCAGUCAACAAGUGAAUAUGCCACAUAUCGAGGUCGAUUUCACCAUCGCUCGGAGAGCCGCCACAGAAGUCGAGAAGAAGCUGAGAACUACACCAGAAGUUCAUCGAGGCACCGUAGCCGCUCUCACUAUCGCCCGACAAGCCCUACGCUAAGCCCUGUGCUAAGCCGAGAUCGCUCCCAAGUCCGUCGAAGGAAUCCGCCAAGGCACCGAGAGUAUUCUCGCCAUCGGUCGAAGAAUUCUCCGAAGCACCGACGCGAGAGCAGCGUGUCCGAUGUGGAAUCUUCGAAGAGGCGGCGUAGGAAUUCUGAAAACGGAAGCGGCCAGUCGAGGAGCGAGUCGCGUAUGGAAUUUCACCCCCACGAUCUUGCAAGGAGCCAAGAGUCCGGGAUCCAUCCUCACGAUCUUGCGCGGAGCAAAAAAGCCGACUUUCACCCUCAUGAUCUUGCCAGAGGGAUGGCGCCAGAGAAUGUCCAGGCAUCAUCAUCACGUAGCAGUAGGGUCCGAGUCAUCUCUCAAGUCAUCCUUCCAACGUCAGCAGAACCAUAG